AUGUGCCACUUUCAGGUCUCCUCACACUGCUGGUGUGUUCCAUUUUGUCAUAGGGUGCUGGCAGAUUACGGGCCUCCCAUUGCUGCUGCCAGGCCCCUAAUCUGCCAUGGGCCCCUGUACCGCCUCCUCAUGCUGCUGCCAGGUCCACAGUGUCUCUCAUGGGUCCCUGUACGGCCUCCCAUUGCUGCUGUCUCCAUCGCCACACUCUGCCAUGUGCCACUUUCAGGUCUCCUCACACUGCUGGUGGGUUCCAUUUUGUCAUAGGGUGCUGUAUGGCCUCCCAUUGCUGCUGCUGCCUCCACCGCCACACUGUGGCUCCACACUCUGGUUUUGGCCCCGUGACUGCCCAAAUGAGUGAAGUGUGCGGUGAUUCUAAGAUCGACGGCACUCAUCUGCAUGUCAUACUG